CAAGACGAGGUCGUGCGUCCGCCUCCUCCCGCGCGUUGCCGUCCGCUCCACGUCGAUCGGGUCUUGCGAGCUGCUAGUGGCGCUGGAACUAUUUAUAAGAGAAAGCGUGAGCGGGUUUUUUUUCUUCAUCUGAAGUAUAUGUCUUGCUCUAUGAACUCCAGCGUGUGGAUUUUAUAUUUGUCUGUGACGUAGUUAUAACUGUGAAUCAUGAAGCUGUUGCUCGUGGCGGCGCUGUUCGGCCUGGCGGUGCGGGUGUGUCCCCAGUGCAUUUCGCAAUUCGACGACAUGAUUCCCCCAAACUUCGCCGACCUCAGCUACAUCCUGCCGUUCAGUCUGAGGUUGUUCAAGGAACUCGUCCCUCACUCCGGCAACUUCCUCAUCUCGCCCUACAGCAUCUGGAAUGCCCUCGUCAUGGCCUAUCUGGGCACGAACGGCGAGACCAAGACGCAGAUGGAGAAAGUGCUGCAACUGAGCAACAAGGUGGAGGCUCUGGCUCUGUACAGGUCGUUCUCGCAGCAUAUUAAGCAGUGCGUAUUGUCAUGAGUUCGGUUUGUUUAUCUGUAUUUCGGUUACAUAGGC